AUGAGACAGGCCUGGUAUGACAAGCAAGGAGGAACGCCGAAAGAUUUGAAGGACAAGCUGAAGAGCGACGAGGAAAAGCUGGGACAUAUGCCCUUUGCAUACUUCUGUGCGGCCGACCACCCAAACACCAAGGAGUUCGCUUCUAAGGUGAUUGCACUACUAGCGGCUGUUCUUUGCAGUGGGCUGGGAGACGAGUGGGUCAUGGAGGAUAUUGACAGCCUCCCUCCGUAUGGCACACUGCUGAAGACCGAUCGUGCGGAAUACGAGGAGUUGAGGCUCAUCAGAAACUGGAUAGCUCAGGGUAGACUCCGCAACAAUCAAUUCAAUCCGGUCACUCUCCUAGACCCACUUACCUAUCUAGGUAGGGCUUAA